AAGAAAGUGGCAAAGUCCAGAGACAGGCGCUUCGUUUUCUCUCACUCGUUCCCAGCAGUGGCCUCACAGGACUUUCUUUCUACAUUAACAUCAUAGCUCUUUCCGGUGUCAUCAUUAUUUGUUAAUUAUUCUUAUUUCUGGGUCUCCGCUUUAUUCAGAAUCGUCGCUGUCGAUUUCCAUUCUUUCAAAGUUUUCUCUCCCUCCUGGGAUUUGUUAGUUUCAACUUUCAAUCCCCUCUGAAUUUUUCUCCACUUGUAUCGAGCUCAGACAUUCUUCAACCAUAACCACCUACUGGCUUAUCGAUCAAAAGUUUGAAGGCUUACUUGUCAUUACAUUUUUCUGGUUUUUCUCUGUGAGCAAUCUUAAAAACAAGGCUGGCUGUAAACUCAGUUGUGACCGACUCACUUUUAGCCUCCAACGUUUCCCCUGAUCAUGCUUAGACCACUUGAGUGCCCUUUGCUCUUCGCUGUUCACGGAGAAGUCUAAAGUUAUCAGAUUUUGUUGAAAUGGCCUGUUCAUAGUUCAAAAUUUUGCUCAAAUUUUCAUCUUUCUGUCUACUAUUGGAAAAUCGGUUUGCAUGCUUUACCUAAGACUAUGCUAUUUAUUGAAUAAUUUAUGCUAGUUCUGUUCUACAUGGCAGGAUUGGUUGUCCAUCCGUCACGGACGUCUAAAUGCACAAAUCCGUUUAAUUGGGACUUCAAUCACUUCACGAACACAUUUUCUCAAGCUUCAACAUGCCUUGAUUUUGGUUUUAUGUUCCUAACUGCUUUUUAACUGAUACAUGGGUAUCUUGUGGGAUGCGAUGGUUUAUUUCAUGCGAAGAAAUAAAAUAUCGUCUUGAAUUUUAGUGGGGUGAGAUAUGGAAGCAGAAGUUUCGACCCGAGAGUCUUUCGGCUGACCUUCUGUCUGUAUGAGAGGCUUAUUGCGCAUUUUUGAGUUCAAUCACGGGAGCAUGGCCAAGAAAGUUCAUGCCCACAAGAGACAUCAUGGUGGCCUGGAACCUCCUCGCAAUAGCCUGGAGCUUCAAGCUGAAGCAUCUCAAAUUCAUUGCGCGCAAGGAGAAUUACCGUAUCAUUAUCAAGUAGAAAACUUGUCAGAGAAUACUUGUCCUUCAGAUGCAGUUUCAGUGAAGAAACUUAUCAAUGAUGAGCUAUGCCAACGACCAACCACCAAAUCGAAUGCACCGAGCCUUGUGGCAAGAUUGAUGGGUAUAGAUAUGAUGCCAUCGGAUGCUAAAUCUGCAGUUCCAUCAGAUGAAAUAAAAAGUGGAAGCAUGGAGAAGAAGUUUUUAGAGGAGAAAGUGAAUGGAAGGGGUUCGGGUGGUUGGGGUUCUAGCAACUCAAAUUCUUGUAGUCACAUGGAAUUUGACUCUUAUUACCAAGACGUAGAUGAUGAUGAUGGAUGGAACCAACAUUUGGGAAAGCCAAAGCCCCGGGAACAUCCUCAGGAAGAGGAACUACAGAAGUUCAAGAAAGAAUUUGAGGCAUUUCAAGCGGCAAGGUUAAUGGAGUGUUCAAAGGUUGUUGAAGUUGGCAAUACCCCCAAACCAUUGCUCACACGAGAGGGCAUGAACAAGAAAAAGAUGGCAGAUCGUGCAACUUCACAAUGGCUGGCAACAGAGUUACCAAAUAAUGGAGGUCCAGAAUAUCAUGGUAAUACCAUGGAGUUAUUUCCUACCAAGCGCAAAGAAACCUUUCCUUCAAGGAGCAGAACCUUAAGCAGAGACUUUGAGGAAUCCUUAAUGAUGAAAUCGAACGGUCAAAUGGAUAGUUCUUCACCAACUCGAAUAGUAAUCUUGAAGCCCGGUCCUGAUAGGAUUUACAGCCAAGAGGAUAAUUGGACCAAUCCAUCCAGCAAUAUACGAGGGAGAAAUAGCAUACAAGAUUUUCUUGAAGAGGUCAGAGAGCGGCUAAAAUGUGAACUGGAGGGGAAAACUUUUAAAAAGGGUUAUGUGGUUCGAGGAAGUGGGAUUGAGACACCUUACAAUGAAAAGCCAUCAGAUCCUAAACAAAUUGCACGUAAUAUAGCAAAGCAGGUCAGAGAAAGUGUGACUAGAGAUGUUGCAAGAAAUUUGCUCCGCUCAGAAUCAACAAGAUCACACAGAAGUGAAAUUCAGUUCAAUGGAUCAAGUUCCCCAGAAUUUAUCAAGAGAGAUACCAGGAGAUUCUUGUCAGAGAGGCUGAGAAAUGUUCUAAAAAGCAAAGAUUAUCUUGAUAUUCCUGAAGUGACUCGUGGGAAUUCAAGGUCAUAUCUCUUAGAUAAUCACAAUGACAGGUUAAAACAGGAUGAUGAUGUUAUGAAUUCAAAUGAUUUGAACCACUGGGAAAUUUCUAAAGCGGAAAAAGAAAUGCAAACAGGCUCUUUCAGGCGUGAACAUGUUGAUAAUAUAUCGCUCCCCAAAGAAUUGUCCCCUAGAAACCUUGUUAGAUCCUUGUCUGCUCCUGUAUCAGGAACGUCAUUUGGAAAGCUUCUUCUAGAGGACCGCCAUAUUUUAACUGGUGCCCAAAUUCGGAGGAAGCUUGAAGCUAUUGAAACUGUGUCUGUUGAUGUUGAAAAGAAAAAGAAGGAUAGAUUUAACAUUAAAGAAAAGGUUUCCAGCUUUAAAUAUAAUCUUGUCCUAAGAGGGAAGCUGUUUGGAAAAAAGUUUCAAUCAAUGGUGGAAUCACAUAGCAAUGAAGAUGGUCCCAUGAUGGUCGAUGUCACAAGCAGACCAACAGUUCUUUUGAAUUGGGGUGAGAGGCAUGAGAACUCCACUGAGGUACCUCCCAGUCCUGCAUCUGUAUGCAGCAAUGGUCAGGAAGAGCUAUGGAAGCGAGCUGAAUACUUAAGUCCAAUAUCAACUCCAGAUGUAUCUUCAGGAGAUGAUAAUGCUGUGCCAGAGGCUUUUAGAGAAAUUAGUUCUGGUUUGAAUGAGUUAAGGAGGCAGAUAACUCAACUUGAGUCUGAUGGCCCCAUGGAAUUAAUGGUCAAACAGGAGCCUAAAGAAUCUGAGUUGGUGCAAUUAGAGGAUCCAGCUGAAUCUUACAUAAGAGAUCUGCUUGUUGCCUCUGGUCUAUACUUCGGUUCAGGGGAUAAAUCCUUAUUAAAAGGGGACACAUUUGCAAAGCCUAUUGGGAACUCAGUUUUUGAAGAAGUGGAGGAAUCUCUCAAAAAAAUGUUCAAGGAGAAUGAAACUUCUACCAAGGAUCAAAGUGACAAUAAGUUAGAGCACAAACUAUUGCAUGCUUUGCUAAAUGAAGCACUUUUCAUUGUUCUUGGACCACCUUUAACGUUGUCUAGAUUCAGAAGGAAACUAUGCAGUUCUUCCUCCAUACUGCCGUCACCACGUGGGAAGGAACUUUUGAAGUUAGUAUGGGAAAUCAUCAGAGUUUCUUUAUAUCCACCGUCUGACAUAACUUCUGAUUCACUUGAUACGUUGGUGGCCAGAGAGCUGGGAUCCAACCCCUGGGUUGGAUUGUCAGAUGACGAGGUUAAUAUACUGGAAAGAGAGAUAGAACGUCUACUUACUGAAGAUCUGGUUGAAGAACUCACAAGAGAUAUGAUAUGCUCGUAGAGGCAGUGCGAAGUAAAAUCUCAUACAUUAAAAGAAGGCUUAUAGAUGAUUUCCUGUGUUAACGAAAACAUAAUUUUGUCUAAUUCAUCUGGUGCUGCAUUGGGGGAGGGGGGUGUGUGAAUUUUGGUGUGACUGCUCGAUAUAGAGAGCAGCGAGCUAAGGAGUUGUCGUAAUACAUACUGAUACUGUACAUGAGUGGCAUUUGUUAUUAGGAUAUUUUUUGUAAGCACAAAAUUGAUUUGGAUUAUAUGAUUUCUUCCGCGUUCUCGAGUGUAUAAUAGGUGUUGCUUUUAUGACCUGGCCUUGCACUGUACUUUCUUCCAUAAUGCAAUUGUGGGGAUUUUUUAAUCA